AUGAGCCGGCGCCGUGGAGCAUUCUCUGCAUUCGAAAAAACUGCCAGUCAGGCAGCGGCUGCCACCCAGUCCAACCAGUCAGAUGCAUCAAGGGAGCGCUCCUCCCUUCAAGUCGGGGCUGCGCGUCUGAGGAGAGGUCCCCCGAAAUCCCUGGCGCUACAUGAAGUGAAGACACUUUUGGAGUCUUUGCGGUCAGCGAGCACCCACACAGACUUUCAGAAGGCUCUCGUCAACCUUCGUGGUAGAGGAUGGGGUGCCCUGAAGAAGAGAGAGGCUGUGGCUCGCCUGUUGGGGAUGGCGUGGAAAGCACCCCUGAAGGCGGCUGGGUUUAGCAUUGACCAGUGGGGAUUUCCAGAGAUGUUGGCAGCCGUUCGGGCUCAUCAAGCGCAGCCUGGCAUCAAGACCUUGUCUGAGGAGAUUGAGAGGCAGCUUCGGUUCCAGCCUGGAGAUCUCUUUGGAUCCAAGGCUGGAGCCAUGAAACAAACUUCCUCAGCGGCCGAAGCUGCAGCAGUUACAGAAGCAGAGGUGCAGGCUGGGCAUGGACAUGCAUGGGGAUGGACAUGCAUGGACCUCUCUUUUGCCAUUGGAGGUCAAAGAUGCACUGGCCAGCGGCUUGAGCUCGCUGCAGACACGGAUGUUGCACAGCCUAAGUUGGGAGUCAAGGCUCGAAAGCUGGGCCGGCCGGAGAUUGCCCGGAAUGGUGACGGCCUUUUUGCUCCGUCAAGGUUGGGCAUGAAGCGGCAGGUGUUCAUCAUGGGUACCUCCUUGGCUGCGAUGCCAGCUUCUGGCAGCUUCGCAAGUCAACCGGCCGCGAAGCCGCAAGCGCCACAAGCGCCACAAGCGCCGGAGCCGGUGCCCACGCGAGAUCGGCCUCUGAAUCUCGGGGAAGCAAAGGAACUGCUGAAGGCUUUCCGAGAGAUCGCAAGUACGAAGGACUUCCAGAAGACUUUAGGCAACAUACACAAGCAAGGGUCGGACGCGGUGCAGAGAAUGCAGCCGAUGUUUGUCGGCCAGUCGUUCAAUCGAACGAUGGCCAUGUAUGAUUUUCCGCUCACUACAGAAGGGUACCAGGACAUGGCGCGUGGAAUCAGCAAGCAUUCGUGGAACAUCCAUGUAAAAGCUCAAGCUCACGAGGUUGAGCGCUUGUUGCGGAUGCCCCCAGGGGCUUUCUUUGGAAUUCCUGGGGAGCCCGGCCAGGCCAUCGAGGUACCGCCGCGGCAAGAGUUCGACCUCCCAGAGAUGUCUCGUUCCACUGCACUCAUUUUACCAACUUACAAGGUGCUCGCCCGACAUGCUGUGGACAAUGCGGAGGUGCGAGUGGCACUUGCGCAUGAUGCCACCUUCUUUGACUGCAAGCAGGCAAUCUCCAAGUUUCUUGGUCGAGAUGAGAUUCUGCGCAAGGGCAGGCUCGUGCAGAAAAAGGGAGGCGUUUACUCAACCUACAAGGAUGAUGAUCCCAUCGGGGACAUCCGUCAGGUUUUGGUACUGGGUGCUGAUCUCCGCACGGUUGAAGACCAGGAAGAUGAUCAGCCGCCACCAAUUCAUCCAUACGCAGGGCCUGAGAUCGGACUGACCAUUUGGACCAAUUGGACAUUUGCUGCAGUCCGAGAAGCUUUGGCCAAGAAACUUGGAAGGGAUGACAUUCGUCGCAAGGCGAGGUUUGUUUUCAAGGCAAGUGCCGGUACCUCACCUUGGAUCGCUUUCAAGGAGCGGCAAUGCCCUGAAUGCACACACCUCGCAUCAUCUCGCCACCUUGCCAUACCUUCUGUUGUGACGGUGCCCGAGACACAGGACCAGGAGACUGUCGGCUGGGCACCAGAUGGUUCCCGUCGUGCGGAGCUGAUGAUGCUCGGUGCUGCACUUAGCUCAGGAAGUGCCGAUGGCGAUGAACUCAUUGUGAGCGAUGAUGAUGGUGCUGCUGAUGGUGGUGGCAUAGCUUUGCAGCUAGGCAUCACACAGCUCAUGGGGCAGGCAGUGCAGAAGGCGGCCGAGUCCGUGCUUGGCAGAGCUUGGAAGCUUCAGAAAGUCAUUGAUGCCGUGAAGGCUCACUCCAAUGAUCAGUCUGUCCGUACGUUGGCAGACGGUGUUGAGAGACGACUUCGGCUUGACCCAGGAAUGCUCUUCAGUCGCCCCCAGGACUCGCGAGACACCAUGAAGGCGUCGUUGGGUCGCAGUGCAGUGGAGGACGAGCUGGAGCAUAUGGAGAGCGAGCCAGCAGGAUUGCCUGAGCUGAGCGUCCAUCAGGUCAUUGCCAUGCAACGUGAACUGCAUGCAGGUUUUUCUGACCCUGCAUUCCAGAGGAGGCUGGACAUCCUGGAAAACUUUCAUGCUAAGGAUCCAAAGCUCAUCCCGAUGAGACAAGAGCUGUUCCUCUCAGUGCAGAGCAAGGUCUUGCCAAAGUAUGGCUUCCAGGGAAGUCUCAAGGGUGUCUUCGACAUGCUGGAAGUCUUCCGCCGACCCGACCUCCAGCACAACGGGGAGUUCGUUCGGCUUGGGUCUGAACUGAACGCACUUUUGCGGCUGAUGCCUGAUGGUCGGCCACGCCCAGUGAAGAGAGAGGCGUUUCCAGAGCCAGCAGGUGCCAGGGCCGAGCCCAGUCACGUGACAGGCAAAUCGGCGAAGCCAAAGACUCCCACGCCUCCGGUAGAACGACAGCCGGCGCCAGUUCGCGACAUCGAGGUGAUAAUUCGGCAUGCUGUGCCGGAAGGUCUCUUGGCCAAUGAGGAGGCGCUCCUGACCGUGAAGAGCAACGCGACCAUGAAGAGCGUGAAGGAGGCCCUGGUGGCACACCUGGGCAAGCCCGAGCUGCUCCGGUCUUGCCGCUUGGUGCAGCCGGUUGGUGAGAACGGCGCCUUCUCGUCGUUCAAGGACACAGAGAAGCUGAAUGGCCGCCGUGCGUUGUUGGGGAAGGCGGUGGCCCCUGAACCGCCGAAGCUCUCGAUCCACCAGGCGCUGGCUCUCCAGCGCGACCUGCUGCAGGGCUUCUCAGAUCCGGACUUCCAGCAGAAGCGCAAGGAGCUGGUUGCGGCCCUCCGGCAUACCGAGCCCAGGAAGUUCAGCGUGGAGCGGCAGAAGCUGUUCCUCACGGUGCAGAGAGUGGUCUUGCCCAGAUACGGCUUCGACGGCAGCCCGAAGGGCGUUUUCGACAUGCUGCAGCAGUUCGAUCGCCCGGAGAUCACCGCGAACGGGGAGUUCCAGCAGCAGGGCGCUGUUCUCAACCACCUCCUCUUCGCGGAAGACCCGGCAGAGGCAAUUCGACCUCCCGUGCAGGCGUUCCCCGAGCCGGAGGUAUCAGGAAGGUCCAAGAAGACCCGCGCGCCGCCUGCGCGGCAAGCGAUGCCAGUUCAUGACAUCGAGGUCGUUGUCCGCCAUGCCGUGCAAGACGACUUUCCAAACGAGGAGGCGCUCCUGACCGUGAAGAGCAACGCGACCAUGAAGAGCGUGAAGGAGGCCCUGGUGGCACACCUGGGCAAGCCCGAGCUGCUCCGGUCUUGCCGCUUGGUGCAGCCGGUUGGUGAGAACGGCGCCUUCUCGUCGUUCAAGGACACAGAGAAGCUGAAUGGCCGCCGUGCGUUGUUGGUGCUGGGAGUUCCCAGCCUUCGGCCAGCAGGUGAGGAGGCGCCCGAGGAGGCACCGGCGGAGAAGGCGAGCUACGAGCCUCGCAAGCCAGAGGGGAAGGCGGUGGCCCCUGAACCGCCGAAGCUCUCGAUCCACCAGGCGCUGGCUCUCCAGCGCGACCUGCUGCAGGGCUUCUCAGAUCCGGACUUCCAGCAGAAGCGCAAGGAGCUGGUUGCGGCCCUCCGGCAUACCGAGCCCAGGAAGUUCAGCGUGGAGCGGCAGAAGCUGUUCCUCACGGUGCAGAGAGUGGUCUUGCCCAGAUACGGCUUCGACGGCAGCCCGAAGGGCGUUUUCGACAUGCUGCAGCAGUUCGAUCGCCCGGAGAUCACCGCGAACGGGGAGUUCCAGCAGCAGGGCGCUGUUCUCAACCACCUCCUCUUCGCGGAAGACCCGGCAGAGGCAAUUCGACCUCCCGUGCAGGCGUUCCCCGAGCCGGAGGUAUCAGGAAGGUCCAAGAAGACCCGCGCGCCGCCUGCGCGGCAAGCGAUGCCAGUUCAUGACAUCGAGGUCGUUGUCCGCCAUGCCGUGCAAGACGACUUUCCAAACGAGGAGGCGCUCCUGACCGUGAAGAGCAACGCGACCAUGAAGAGCGUGAAGGAGGCCCUGGUGGCACACCUGGGCAAGCCCGAGCUGCUCCGGUCUUGCCGCUUGGUGCAGCCGGUUGGUGAGAACGGCGCCUUCUCGUCGUUCAAGGACACAGAGAAGCUGAAUGGCCGCCGUGCGUUGUUGGUGCUGGGAGUUCCCAGCCUUCGGCCAGCAGGUGAGGAGGCGCCCGAGGAGGCACCGGCGGAGAAGGCGAGCUACGAGCCUCGCAAGCCAGAGGGGAAGGCGGUGGCCCCUGAACCGCCGAAGCUCUCGAUCCACCAGGCGCUGGCUCUCCAGCGCGACCUGCUGCAGGGCUUCUCAGAUCCGGACUUCCAGCAGAAGCGCAAGGAGCUGGUUGCGGCCCUCCGGCAUACCGAGCCCAGGAAGUUCAGCGUGGAGCGGCAGAAGCUGUUCCUCACGGUGCAGAGAGUGGUCUUGCCCAGAUACGGCUUCGACGGCAGCCCGAAGGGCGUUUUCGACAUGCUGCAGCAGUUCGAUCGCCCGGAGAUCACCGCGAACGGCGAGUUCCAGCAGCAGGGUGCCGUGCUGAAUGACCUGCUCUUUGGGGACGCUGGAGCCCCUGCUGCAUUGCAGGCUUCAGAGAGGCAGUCGAAGCCCAAAGCACGUGGGCCGCCCCCGGCUCGACCAGCGGCACCUGUGCGCGACGUUGAGGUGCUGGUGCGUCACGCAGUCCAAGAGGAUCAUCCGAAUGAGGAGGCGCUCCUGACCGUGAAGAGCAACGCGACCAUGAAGAGCGUGAAGGAGGCCCUGGUGGCACACCUGGGCAAGCCCGAGCUGCUCCGGUCUUGCCGCUUGGUGCAGCCGGUUGGUGAGAACGGCGCCUUCUCGUCGUUCAAGGACACAGAGAAGCUGAAUGGCCGCCGUGCGUUGUUGGUGCUGGGAGUUCCCAGCCUCCGGCCAGCAGGUGAGGAGGUGCCCGAGGAGGCACCGGCCGAGAAGGCGAGCUACGAGCCUCGCAAGCCAGAGGGGAAGGCGGUGGCCCCUGAACCGCCGAAGCUCUCAAUCGACCAGGCGCUGGCUCUCCAGCGCGACCUGCUGCAGGGCUUCUCAGAUCCGGACUUCCAGCAGAAGCGCAAGGAGCUGGUUGCGGCCCUCCGGCAUACCGAGCCCAGGAAGUUCAGCAUGGAGCGGCAGAAGCUGUUCCUCACGGUGCAGAAGGUGGUCUUGCCCAGAUACGGCUUCGACGGCAGCCCGAAGGGCGUUUUCGACAUGCUGCAGCAGUUCGAUCGCCCGGAGAUCACCUCGAACGGGGAGUUCCAGCAGCAGGGUGCCAUACUGAACCACCUCCUCUUCGCGGAGGAGAUGGCGGAUCCUGCGAACGCAGUUGUGCCACCAACCGCGGCUUCAGAGAGGCAGCCGAAGCCCAAAGCACGUGGGCCGCCCCCGGCUCGACCAGCGGCACCUGUGCGCGACGUUGAGGUGCUGGUGCGUCACGCAGUCCAAGAGGAUCAUCCGAAUGAGGAGGCGCUCCUGACCGUGAAGAGCAACGCGACCAUGAAGAGCGUGAAGGAGGCCCUGGUGGCACACCUGGGCAAGCCCGAGCUGCUCCGGUCUUGCCGCUUGGUGCAGCCGGUUGGUGAGAACGGCGCCUUCUCGUCGUUCAAGGACACAGAGAAGCUGAAUGGCCGCCGUGCGUUGUUGGUGCUGGGAGAGGCGCCCGAGGAGGCACCGGCGGAGAAGGCGCCUUGCAUCGCCUUGCGGGGUGUCACCGGGAAGGCGGUGGCCCCUGAACCGCCGAAGCUCUCGAUCCACCAGGCGUUGGCUCUCCAGCACCUUGGCAAGGACACCCAUGGCCAUCAAAGACCAGCGAAGACCAUCAAACAGCGCGACCUGCUGCAGGGCUUCUCAGAUCCGGACUUCCAGCAGAAGCGCAAGGAGCUGGUUGCGGCCCUCCGGCAUACCGAGCCCAGGAAGUUCAGCGUGGAGCGGCAGAAGCUGUUCCUCACGGUGCAGAGGGUGGUCUUGCCCAGAUACGGCUUCGACGGCAGCCCGAAGGGCGUUUUCGACAUGCUGCAGCAGUUCGAUCGCCCCGAGAUCACCUCGAACGGCGAGUUCCAGCAGCAGGGUGCCGUUCUCAACGAGCUCCUCUUCGCUGAGGACGUCGCACCCGGCACAGAGGAUGUUUCUCAAGUGAGCGAACCCCCGGAGGUUCAGGUACGUGUCCGCCGGGCUGGAGACACUAUUACCUCGGAAGAGGUGUAUGUGACGGUAGCUGGUAACGCCACAAUGCGCGACGUACGUGCAGCGGUCGCGCAAAAGUGCAGCAACCCAGCUUUCCUUCAGAGGGCCAAGCUGGUAAGAAAUCGUGGAGGUGUUCUGGUGGGCUACCAGGACUCCGAACCCAUCCGUGGGCGACGGAGGCUUCUGUUCUUGGGCCCAUCCCUGUGGCCGGAUGGAGAAGUCGGAGAUGAGGCGCCGUCUGCUGUCGAAGACUCAGACAGCGAGGCGAUGGUUGGACCUGGAGGGAUCUCGCUGGAGAAAGCCCGCCGCUUGCUACAGAAGGUCAAAGACGCUUGUGGCAGCCGUGGCUUCCAGCAGUCAGUGGCAGAACUGCGAGUCCGCGCAAGGCAGCGAGGAGAAACAGCAGGCACCAGGAUGGCCGUGGGCACGCUCUUUAUUGCGGCCUGUCAGAGCAUCCUCAGGAAAUUUGGCUUUGGCGUUGACCGCCAAGGUUACGAACAAAUGUUCACAGCCAUCUUCCCGCAUGGGCAGGAUCCAACGGUCCUGGCACUAGCUUCUGACAUCGAGAAGGACUUAGGUGUUCCAACUGGAUCAUGGUUUGGCCUGUCUAACGAUGGCAUCCAGGAUGCUGCGCCGCGGCUCAGCCGUGAGGAGGCUCGCCAACUUGUCACUGAGAUCCGACGCCUGGUCGGUUCACCAACCUUCCAGAAGGAGGUUCUUGCCAUUCGAGAUGGAGUUCGAUCUAGGAAUGGCAGCCUGGAAGAGCUCAAGCAGGAGGUCUACUUGCCCUUCUACCGGUUAGUGCGACCCGUCGCUCUCGCAUUUCGCCUAGGUGGGGAUCCGGAGUGCGUGACGCGUGUGAGUGCAGCUCUGGCUCCACACCUGGUGGAUGCGAAGCUUCGGUCUGCUGUCAGACAGGUCGAGACCUCCUUCCUGCACACCCACCAGGGCGCCUUUUUCGCGCUGACUCCACAGGAAGCAGAACUGCAAGGAAGUGGCGAGGCCAGCGUGAAGAUCCGAAUCCGCCAUGCCGUGAGUGGAGCCGAGGUGCCAUUGACCGUUGCAGCGUCAUCUACCAUAGGGCAGGUCAAGGAGGCGGCCCAAAACUUAGUCGAUCAAAUACUGCCGCCUGGCCAGGACAAGUUUGCCAGUGCACAAAUGCUCGCCUAUGAGCUACAGCAGGAGAAAAUGGCACAGAAAGCUAUGCAAGAAUGGCAGGAUCAGCUAAACGCAAGACUCCUGCAACUCCGCGAAAAGACGGCGUUGAAUGAGGCCAUGAACAGCCUCGUUCUGCACCUCAAAAAGGAGGGCUUAACAGAGGGUGAGCUGUUCGCCAAGAUUGAUGCAGACAGCGACGGGGAACUGAGCCGGCAGGAGCUUCAGGGCGCCCUGCGCAAGUUGGGUGUCGACCUGACAACCACCGAGCUCGACGGAAUCCUGCGAAUUUUCGAUGCGGACGGCAGCGGCACCAUCGAUUUCGCCGAAUUCUAUCACCUGCUGAAGUCUCAGGAAGCGUUGCUUCCCAGCGACUUUGUCCCCAGCGAUGCUGGCAAGAAGAAAGAUCCGUUAUACAAUUUCGAAGCUGGUGAUCGGGUGCGACUUCACUUGUGCAUGUCCAAUCGCGCCCUGCAUGCCAACGAGCACGACGAGCAUAAAAACCUCCACGGCAAAAUCGUGGGUCCAGGAACGCGGAAGGGGACCCUGCUAAUGCAGUUGGAGGAGAGCGACUGUACGCUGCUUGUCAAGCCAAGGCAAGUCUCGAAAACCAGAUCGCAUGCUUUGAGCAGGGCCAAGACAAGUGUCUUUCAGUAG